GUAUUUGGGACUUCUACUUACGUGUCAUCUUGAAAGCUACUGUGUUCCUGUAGUUUCUUAAAUAGCUACAGUCGGCAGUUAAACUGGCUGUAUCCUGUCGCAACUAUCUACAUUUUUCCCCCUUUUAUAUAGGUGCCAGCUUCUUUUAGCCUAUAGCUAAAUUUCACACAUUCUGUUUUCCAGGUUGUGGGCCCUCUUGCAAGCGUUUCAGCAUGUUACCCCCCCCAUCCUUACCAGCUGUCCCAAUGGGGGGGUGAUCGGGCUCAUAUCUCCUCUUCAAAAUGGCGUUGGUAUGGCCUCAGUUCUACAUAUGAACCUGCGUGGAGAUUAACCCCCUUUUUCUGACCCUUCAAGAAGAAGGUCUAUGAAUAAGAGCACUGUGAUUCUGCCUUACAUUAUAGUUCUCUGUUAUUGUUUUUUUCUUCCUUUUUCAGCUCAGACCAGAAGCUGAAACAUGCUUGAGGAGUGUCUUCUUGUCCAUAGCUGAAAAUAAUUCUUCACCAAAGAUGGAACAGUAGCCUUGUGAGAUUUGUCCAGAGCCUGUACAUGUAAUUCAGACUCCAUGAAUGGAAGCAACAUUGUAAAUACAUUCUUUGGUUUGAAAACUGCACCGGAGAAGAAAGAUAAAAUGGAGGUUCAAAGAUCAGGCGUUGGAGCAACAAAAGGCUCUCCUGCCAUUCAACUGAAGAACAGUGCAGUCUUCUGGGAAAGAGACAGCUGGAAGGUCCUCCAUGAGGACACCAUCAGCUCAGAUGUUCAGCACUGGUGCUUCAGGAAUUUCUGCUACCAGGAGUCCAAGGGACCCAGGGAGGUUUGCAGCCGACUUUACCAGCUUUGUCACCAAUGGCUGAAGCCAGAAAGGAAUACAAAAGCUCAGAUGUUGGAUCUGGUGGUCCUGGGGCAGUUUCUGGUCAUCCUGUCCCCAGAGAUGGAGAGCUGGGUGAGGGAAUGCAGAGCAGAGACCUGCUCCCAGGCAGUAGACUUGGCCGAAGGCUUCCUCCUGAGCCAAGCAGAGGACAAGGAGCUGGAAAAGAAGCAGGUGAAGCAGCUCUUGAUGGAGGUGGUCCCAGCAUGUCCUGAGGGAAGGGGAGAUCUGUCCAAUCCCUUUCAGGAUCCACCCUUGAGGAGGAUCUCCCAAGAAGAUCCAGUUCAGGUCACCUCAUCAUGGAACAGAAGAGCGUUGAUGGAAAUGUGUGAAGCAUUUAUUUGUGAUGAAGCAGAAACAGCAGGUGUGCCUCAAGCUCAGGGCUCCGUUUCCUUUGAGGAGGUGGCCAUGUAUUUUACGGAGGAGGAGUGGGCACUGCUGGAUUGUGGCCAAAGAGCCUUGUACAGGGAAGUCAUGCUGGAGAUUUCUAGGAAUGUGACUGCUCUGGGUGAUGGGGAGAAGAACAAGAAAUACAAAGAACCAAGAGUGCUGCCAGUAGAAAUAGCCAAACAUAAAGUAGAAGAAGGGAUGUUUGAAAUGCAGGAGGAACCAAAAAGGCAAGAAAGAACUCAUGCAAAGGAUAGAGGGGAGAAGUUCUCUCCUUUUCUCUGUGUAGAAAUCCAUGGCUUCAUGACCCAGCAAGAUCACAAAGGAAAAAAAAAGGGAAAAUAUUCAGAGUGUGGCAAAACAGGCAAAAAUAAACCUGAUUCAAAUAAAUACGGCAGAACCCGGACUAAACAGAAACAGCAGGAAUACAGACAGAAUGAGGAGAGUAUCAGUCGCUCCUUCCCUCUUCCUUUACAUCAAAGACUCCAUAUGCAACAAAAGCCAUACAUAGAAUCUGGGAAGAAUUUCAGUUUGAGCAGCAACCUUAGUUCUUAUGGGGGGUUUCACACAGGAGGAAAACCAUAUUGGUGCCUAGUGUGUGGAAAGAGCUUUAAUCAGAACAGUACCCUGACUUCUCAUAAAAGGACCCACACAAGAGGGAAACCAUAUAAAUGUUUUGAGUGUGGAAAAAGCUUCAGUAGGAGCAGUCAUCUUACUUCCCAUCGAAGGGUUCAUACUGGAGAAAAACCAUAUCACUGUGUGGAGUGUGGAAAGAGCUUUAGCAUGAGCAGUCAUCUUACUUCCCAUCAAAGGAUCCACACAAGGGAGAAGCCAUAUAAAUGUUUUGAAUGUGGAAAGGAGUUCAGUAGCAGCAGUACCCUUGUGAAACAUAAGAGGAUCCACACAGGAGAGAAACCAUAUCAGUGUAUGGAGUGUGGAAAUAGUUUCAGCAGGAAAGGCAAUCUUAUUUCCCAUCAAAGGAUCCACACAGGGGAGAAACCAUAUAAAUGCCUGGAAUGUGGUAAGAAAUUCAGUGACAGCAGUACCCUUGUGAAACAUAAAAGAAUCCAUACGGGAGAGAAACCAUUUCAGUGCACAGAAUGUGGAAAGAGCUUUCGUGUGAACAGUAGCCUUACUUCCCAUCAAAGGAUCCACACAGGGGAGAAACCAUAUAAAUGCCUGGAGUGCGGAAAGAGCUUCAGCAUGAAUAAUCACCUUACUUCUCAUCAAAGGAUCCAUACAGGGGAGAAACCAUAUAAAUGUGUGGAGUGUGGAAAGAAGUUUAAUGACAGCAGUACCCUGGCAAAACAUAAAAGAAUCCACACAGGGGAGAAACCGUACCAAUGCUUUGAGUGUGGAAGGAACUUUCGUGUGAACUGUAGCCUUAUUUCCCAUCGAAGGAUCCACACAAGGAUCUUAUAACCUUAUAAGCACAUGGAGCGUGGAGAGAAAUUCUGUGAGAGCACUACUUUUAUGAACCAUAAAAGAAUUCACACAGGAGGGAAACCCUAAAUGUGCACACAGAAAGAACUUUAGAAUGAACAGUCACUUUGUUUCCCAUCAAAGGAUCUCCAUGGGAGAAACCGUACAAAAGCACGGAACAUGGAAAGAGCUGCUUCUGUGUGGCUUCCCACAGGAUCCACACAGAAAAGAAGUUGUGUGGACUGUAGACAAAAGUUCCAUAAAAGCAAUAAUCUUGUGAAACUCUCACACAGGAGAGAGACCAUAUUCACAGUAGAGCAUGGAGAGAACUUUAUUGAUCAUAGUGCUCUUCCUGCAGAUGGAUCCACCGGGGAGAUGGAUCCCGCAAAAUCUCCCAUUGGGGGAGAUCGGUGGCAUACAAAUUUAAUAAUAAAUAAAUAAAUCCACAUAGAGAAGAAGCCAAAGAAUUGCCAGGUUUCUGGGGGGAAAUUUCAACUGUGGCACAUCAAGUGAUGCGCAGAAGAGAGAAAUUAUAAAAACCCCAAGAAUGUGGGAAGAGUUUCAGAAAGAAUAUUGUCUUGCUGCCUCUAAGAUCUGUUUGUUUAUUUAUUUGAUUUCUAUAGCCACCCAUCUCAAGUGACUCUGGGUGGCAUACAAUCAUAAAAACAUGUAACGUUUAAAACAAUUAAAGCAAUACAAAUAAAUCUAUAUGGUUUCUGAGUAAAACUAUUGCCAUAUUUGU